CUCUCUCUCUCUGUGAAAAAGCCGUCCAAACAAAACGCCACCCAAAGAGAGAGAGAGAGAGAGAGAGGGAGAGAGAAAGCUAGAAACCAAUAUAACGUAACUGAAUCUCAUGGACUCCCACUCUCAGAUCUUGAGCAAACUAUAGCCAUAGAGCCAUAUAGCCAUAGCAAUAUCCAUUUCUUUUUCCCAAAGAUUUCCUCCAUUUCCCUCGAGAUUCUCCCUCGCUCUUCCAAGAAUCUGCCAGCUCCAUUCCGAUCCCUUACUCGUCCAUUUUGGUUGAGUUUUCGCCGGAUUCGAACUCGGCUUUCUGGCUCUUCCUCGAAGCGGUAGAGUUUCGCGUUCUUGCUCUUCUGAUUCCGCGAUUUUCGGCGGGUAUCGGACCGUUUCUUGUCCGUUCUCUCUCCGGCAUUCUCUGUUUCGGGCUGUACGGAGCGAGUAUCUAGCGGUUUUCGUCCGAUUUCGGUGAUUUUUGCUUGCAGGAGUCGUUGUGAGGGUUUUAUUAGGAUUUAAUGGCUUGAAGUUCGGUUGUGGAUUUUGGCGAGGGAGGGAUUGGUUGGGAGGUUGGCAAUGAAGGUAGUGAUGGUGUAGUGGCUUUGAGGUAAAUAUGGACGAUAGAGGAGGGUCAUUUGUCGCUGUCCGGAGGAUUUCGCAAGGUCUGGAGCGAGGCAACACCUGCCAUUCAACUUCUGCUGAAGUUGUGGCAGGAUCAGCAGCAUGGCUUGGCCGAGGACUUUCUUGUGUGUGUGCACAGAGAAGAGAGAAUGAUGCUCGUCCCUCAUUUGAUUUAACGCCUGCCCAGGAGGAAUGCUUGCAGAGGCUACAGAGCCGUAUAGAUGUUGCCUAUGAUAGUUCAACUCCUGAGCAUCAGGGAGCUUUAAGGGCUUUAUGGAAUACUGCUUUUCCUGAAGAGGAACUACGUGGUUUAAUAUCUGACCAGUGGAAAGAUAUGGGUUGGCAAGGGAAAGAUCCAUCAACAGAUUUUAGAGGUGGUGGUUUCAUAUCAUUGGAGAAUUUGUUGUACUUCGCCAAGAAUUUUCCGAAAUCCUUCCAGGAUCUUCUCCGAAAGCAGGAAGGCGAUCGGUCAGUGUGGGAAUACCCUUUUGCUGUAGCUGGUGUGAAUAUCACGUUCAUGCUUAUUCAAAUGCUUGAUCUGGAAGCAGUGAAACCAAGAACACUGGUGGGAGCUACAUUUUUGAAGUUUCUGGCAGAAAAUGAUUCAGCAUUUGAUCUUCUAUAUUGCAUCACCUUCAAGCUAAUGGAUCAUGAAUGGCUUUCUAUGCGUGCAUCAUACAUGGAUUUCAAUACCGUGAUGAAAUCGACGCGGCGGCAGCUGGAAAAAGAGCUUUUGCUUGAAGACAUAACAUGGUUGGAGGACCUGCCCUCAUACAGCCUUCUUACACGAUAGUAGAUCAGUUUGCUAGAGUUUUAACAAGCCAAUUAUGUAACAGCAAGAUUCAUGCACUUGUUUUUAGCUUUAGAUAGUAUUUGUAUAUGAUGUGGUGUUCCUCAUUUUGACACUGCUUGCUCCCAAGACAGACAGCGUGUUGCGAUUUGAUUUCUCAAAAAGAGGGUUUCUUGAGUUUGUAAGGCUGAGACGAUGUGCAAAGAAUAAUUUCAAUCAGCAGGUUUAAACCCUGCAGUUAACCUUUUACAAAGGUGAAGACCA